GACGAGCCGAACGGGUCGCCGGCACUCCUCGCUGUCUUAACCAUCCAUCCAUCCAUCCGUCCGUCAUCGCCGCCGACGAUGCGGCAGUCAAUUGCCCCACGAACACUUCCGCCACAGAUACGGCUGUCGUCGGGGCGCCCCGCUUCAAAACCCAGAUGACCCCGCGGACAAGUCACGACGAGCCCGCACAGAACGGCAAUGGCGUCCUCCUCCUCCCCGGCGGCUCCGUUGCUCCCACCUUGUCAAGAUGAGCAGGAUAAGGAGGACGCAGGUGCUCGGAGCGACGGCGGGAGUCAGCGGGAGCAGGGGGUGAUGCGGAGCUGGGCGGAGGCGGCGCUGCUGUGCUGCGGCGCGGACUGCGGCGACGCGGAGCGGCUGUGGCGCAGGGUGGUGCUGCGCAAGUGGCUCAACGUCGGCGCCGGGUCCGGCGACUCCGACUUCAGCGCCGACGAGUUCGAGGCCGAGGCCGAGACCGACGACGAGGAGCCCGGCCACCAAGAGAAGUGCUGUUGCUGGGAACACAAACUGUUUGAUGAGGAGAGGAGAUCGCGUGGACUUGGUGCGGGCACGAUUGGUAAUCAAGUGAAGGCUGUGCCUGACAGACUUAAAAGGUGCAAUUCAGAGACACUUCGCGCUCAGUAUAUCGAUGUCGCUGAACUCAGGAUUUUCGUAGGGACAUGGAAUGUUGGAGGCAGAGUUCCACCUACUGACUUAGACAUUCAAGAAUGGCUGGCGAUGGAGGAGCCAGCUGAUAUUUAUGUUCUCGGAUUUCAAGAAAUUGUCCCACUAAAUGCUGGGAAUAUAUUCGGUGCUGAAGAUGACCAUCCAGUUGUAGUAUGGGAACAUAUCAUUCGUGAAACUUUGAAUAAGAUAUGUCCAUAUAAACCAAAGCAUAAAUGUGUCAGUGAUCCUCCUUCACCAUCAAAGUUCAAUCCAUCAGAUUAUCUUGUGAUGGAAGAUGAUUUUCUUAGUGAGGCCGACAAUGGAAGUGAGGGGGAACUUCAUCCAUUGAUUGGACAAGACAUUAAUCCAGUUACUAAUGAUAGUGGCGUUUGUAAAACAUAUGAAUACUCCACCUCUGCUUCCAGUGAAAGAGUUCACGAAGGCGAAGACUUCAGCAAGAUGCUUCCAGUAAAUACUUCUCAUCACUCCCACAACUCAAGUCAUACGCUUUUUAGAUCUAAUCUGAAAGAACCGAGCAACCAAGCCGGUCACUUGGAAAGGCCUGGAAUGAUUUGGCCUGAACAACAAUUGGAUAUGCAGGUUCAUCUUCUUCAGGACAGCACAUCAGUUACUUCAGUGAAGACUCUAACAGCUUCUGCGUCUUUCAAAUCGAGACAUGAGAAUUCUAAUGGUUUUCCAGAAGAUAAUCUGGACCAUGAUGUUAGUAUCGAUAAUAGAGUCGUUGAAAGAAAAAAUUCAAAUUUCGUACGGAUAAUAAGCAAGCAAAUGGUGGGAAUAUAUCUUUCGGUGUGGGUUCAGAGAGGCCUUAGGAGGCACAUUCAGAAUUUGAGAGUAUCAACUGUAGGUGUAGGCGCGAUGGGUUACAUCGGUAACAAGGGAUCAAUAUCAGUCAGCAUGUCUAUAUAUCAGACACCCUUUUGUUUUGUAUGUUGCCACCUGACAUCUGGUGAAAAGGAUGGAAAUCUAACAAAGAGAAAUGCAGAUGUUGAAGAAAUCCUUCGAAGAACGGUAUUUAACCCAGUUCAUAGAGUCAGCAUGCCUAAGGGAAUACAUGACCAUGACCAUUUCAUAAAUUUCAGAAAGAUUAUAUGGUUUGGGGAUCUCAACUACCGAAUCAACCUAUCAUAUGAAAGAACACAUGAACUUAUCUCCAGAAAGGAAUGGGAUUUAUUGUUUGACAAUGAUCAGCUAAAGUGGGAACUGAUGAAAGGGCGUACAUUUGACGGUUGGAUCGAAGGGGUGAUUAGCUUCCCCCCAACAUAUAAAUACGAAUUUAAUUCAGAUAAGUAUGCGGGCGACGAGCCAAUAUCUGCGAGAAGAAGACCUGCAUGGUGCGACCGGAUUCUUUCAUACGGAAAGGGCAUCAGGUUGGAUUCUUACAGAAGGGUGGAGCUUAAUCUUUCGGAUCACCGCCCGGUGUCCGCUGUCUACAUGGCCGAGGUUGAAGUUUUAUGCCACAGAAAGUUUCAGAAGGCUGUAACAUUCACCAAUGUAGAGGUUGAGGAUCAUCUGUUAUUGGAGAGAUGAAACACUUGUUGAAUGAAGAACCAUGGACUGUGAGAGAACAUGAAGUUCUUAGCUCAUAGGCGCAAUGGCCGAAGGGAAAUGCCGGUAAUUUCAGACAAGUUACCAGAAUGUAAAGAAGCAGAUAGGGCUGGCAGUUUGAUGCAUACUAGGGAUUGGGUUGUGAGUGUGUGUUUCCGACCAAAUUGGUCGUCCCGUAAAUGAAAAGAAGAAUAAAAGGUAGCCCGACUCCUCAGAAGAGGAUGAAUUGUUCAUAUCUAACAGGAUCUGCAGAGAAAUGAGUGAUGUUCUUCCCCUUUUCUUAUCGAGGUA